AUGUCUCAGGAAGUUAGAAAUAUCAUUCUAGGCACCAUCAAUAACUUUAUAGCUUCCUAUGAGACAAGUGUGUUUGAUAACUGCUCCCACACUGUCAGUGACAAGGGCUGGGCCCUGGGGAUCCGCUCAGGAAAGGACAAGGGAAGGCGAGACGCUCGCUUCUUUUUCUCUCUCCGCACUGACCGCGUGAAGAAAGCCACCACUGUCACUGGCCACAGUCGCUACCAACCAGGCACAUGGACACACGUGGCAGCCACUUACGACGGACAGCGCAUGGCCCUGUAUGUGGAUGGAACACGGGUGGCCAGUAGCACAGACCAGUCUGGUCCCCUGAACAGCCCCUUCAUGGCGUCCUGUCGCUCUUUGCUUCUGGGGGGGGAUGGCUCUGAGGAUGGGCACUAUUUCCGUGGACACUUGGGCACACUGGUCUUUUGGUCAACCGCCCUCUCACAAAGCCACCUCCAGCACAGUCCUCAGCAUCCAGGUGGGGUGGAGGAGUUGACCCCCUUGAUCCUGACAGCCAGUUUUGAGUCCCUGAGAGAACAGUGGGCCCCCUUUAGAGAUGAGAAGUACCCACGGCUUGAGGUUCUCCAGGGCUUUGAGGCAGAGCCUGAGAUUCUGUCACCUUUGCAGCCCCCUCUUUGUGGGCAAACGGCUUGUGACAAUGUGGAACUCAUCUCCCAGUACAAUGGGCACUGGCCCCUUCGGGGAGAGAAGGUGAUCCGCUACCAGGUGGUGAACAUCUGUGAUGAUGAGGGUCUGAACCCCAUUGUGAGGGAGGAGCAGAUCCACCGGCAGCACGAGGCGCUGACCGAGGCCUUCAGCCGCUACAACAUCAGCUGGCAGCUGAGUGUCCACCAGGUCCACAACUCCACCCUGCGCUACCGGGUCGUGCUUGUGAACUGUGAGCCCAGCAAGAUUGGCAAUGACCACUGUGACCCCGAGUGUGAGCACCCGCUCACAGGCUAUGACGGGGGCGACUGCCACCUGCAGGGCCGCUGCUACUCCUGGAACCGCAGGGACGGGCUCUGUCAUGUGGAGUGCAACAACAUGCUGAAUGACUUUGACGAUGGGGACUGCUGCGACCCUGAUGUGGCUGAUGUGCGCAAGACCUGUUUUGACCCCGACUCGCCCAAGAG